AUGCGCGACAAGCCGUGUCGCGGCUACUCCAAGAAAGAGCGCAGACUGCCGGCGGCUGCCAUGACUGCCGCCGUCAUCAUCAUCUUCUCCGCCGUCUCCUCGGGCACCUAUUACAACGAGGUUGUCCAUCAGGGCGUCGGCGAUGUCUUUGACGACGCCCUCCUCGGCGCCACCGCCGUCAGCCAACAUGUCAACUUUAUGGCUGACCUUGUCGAGGCGCUUGGCCUCGACGUCCAGGACGAGGUCGCCGCCGGCAUUCCCGUCAUCCUCGCCUCGGCCGCCAACACCUCGUUUGGUCUCGAGAUCGAGGACUCGCUCUCGAACGAACUUGACGCACUCACGGGCUCCAUCACCGACUGGAUCGACGCGUCGACCCGCUCAGAGUCGGACGAGUCGGCGGCCAGAACUCGGGCGUCGAGCGCCCACGCCGCCAACAGUGACGCACACGCCGCCCUCCAGCAAGCGCUCACGCCGCUGCUUGCCGCGCCCUCAGUCUCGCUCACGUUCGAGACAAUAUCAUCAGGAAGCGUGACGCGCUCGUUCCCACGGCCGUACCCUGCACUCGCUGCCCAGCCGCUGCGGCCGGUGGCAAGUGCCGGCGACGCUGCGCUGGCGGCCGACCUCGGUGACCUGCCGGGCGUCAUCGGCCAAGUUGACACUCUGGACGCCGUCAUCGACGAGCGCGUUACGGCAGUCAACGAGCUGCUCGAGCGCCAGCUCACCGAGGCGUUCGACAGAGCGCAGAGCAACAUCGGGAGGGUGGCGUCGCGCAUCCGGAACGUCACCGCGCCCGGCGGCGUCGUGCCUCAGACCGAGAAGCUCCUCGGACGGUUGCAGAAUGUGGUGGUCAAUGCCGACCGGCGGUACCGGUCGCCAAUCUUCUUGGUGGUGGCAUGGACGUCGCCGCUGGUGGUCAUCCCGUCGAUUGUGGGCCUCAUCCUCGCCUUUUGGUGGUUCCGCCUCUCGUGCCCGCACACCACUGCCGCCGUCGGAGCCUUUGUCGUCCUCGCCCUCGUCAUGGUCAACCUCACCGUGUACCUCCCGGUUGUCCUUGUCCUCGACGACUUUUGCACCGACGUCGACUUUAUCGUCUUCUCAGCCCUCGACUCGGUCGAGCCCAACGCAACAACUGCGCUCCAGACCUGCAUUGCCGACGAGAACCUCUUUGACGCAUUUGACGUCUCUGCCAUCAUCAGCGAGCCGCUGGCCAGCCUACGCUCCUCACUCGCCGACCACCUCAACGCCGUCCUCGACGUCAACUCGAUUUUCCCGGACGAGUCCAUCACCGGCGCCCGCCUCGCCACCGAUGAGGACACCGAAGCCACUCUUGCCCGCCUCGACGCCCUGGACGCCGAGCUCGCUGCAGAAGCCGCGUACGCCGCCUCGGGCUCGGCCAACGUCACAACCUACAACGACACCCUCGCCGCCGUAGCCUCGGCUGGGGACGCGGAUGCGCGUGCGGCCUGGGAAGCCGCUGUGGGUCUCGACAUUGCCGCCGCGCUUGACGCAGCGAACAUCGCUCUGGCAAGCGCCGGCUACGAUGCGGUCGUCUUUACUCUCGCCAACGUGACCGCCUUUAACGCCUCGGCCUACUCGGGCAUCGGGCCGGCAGGUUUCGAGCUCGAGGUUCAGCUUGGGCUCAACGCCACGCUGACCGCCGUUGCCGACGCGCUCGCCGACGCGGCAUCGAACGCUAUGGUGAUCUUUAGCGAGAGCGUGCUUCCGGCGCUCAGCGAUGCAGCCGCGGAAGCUGCGGCCGGGCAGGCAAGCUCGGGCAGUGCCCGCGACGAGGCGAACGCGGCGGCGGCGCGCGCGGAGGCAUCAGACGUCGCAGGCGAGUCGAUCGACGCCCAGCUGCGGGCAGCGCUGCAGUCCAACCUUGAUGAUGCAGCCGAGGCGGCGUUGGCCAUGCUUGACCGUGGCGUGACUAUUGUCAUUGCCGCGCUCCGCAGCGCAGCAACGUGCCGGUACGUCGGCCGGACAUACAACGCGUUCAAGACCGAUGUGUGUGACUCUGUUCGCGGCGGCCUGUCUGUCCUCUGGGGCACGCUCGCUCUGCUCUCACUCACGUUUGUCACCGCCAUCAUUGCCGGCACCCUGCUCUCCAAGCGGGCAGGCUUCCUCUACCCGGAGGACAAGGUCGUCUCCAAGAUGAUGGCCAAGGUUCAUGGUCUGUCAUCGCCGGCCGACUUUGCCGCCGCCCACGAUGCCUCGCUCCGUUGCGGCUGCCUCUCGCGGCACCUGGCUGCCGCUGCCGGCGCUGUCGGCCUUCAUCGGUCGGCCUCGGCGCCGUGCUCGCCGGUAGCUGCUGCCGCUGCCGCCAACAUGACCUUUGCCUCACUGGCGGUGACGACUGGCGUGGCGCCGGCACCUCACGACCCGCUGGCGCUCUCGCGUUCGAUGGCUUCGGCCGCCGACAUUGCCGCCUCGCGCACAGCAGGCUACUCGUCGCUCGAGCACACCGAGUCUGGCGACGGCGACGGUGCCGCCGCUGCCACUGAGAUGCACUCUGACUCGAGCUACGCCUCCGAGUACGUCAGCUCGUCGGCGGCCGAGUCGGGCAUCGAGCUCGACGCCAUCCGCUUUGACAGCUUGCCGCCGCCAGCGCCGCCGACGUCGCUUCCGGCACAGGACUCGCCGUCGUCGACGACGGGUCUGACAGCGUGGUCGGGAGGCAGCUCCGUGCUUGCCAAAGCCGCCGCAGAGACCGGAGCUGCCGAGGAGCAGGUCGAGGAGAUGGAGGUGGUGGUGACAGACUCGGUGGGAGGAUCUGCGCGGCUGGUGAUGGCGCACGACCCACCGCCGCUGACGGCCGAGCUUCGGGCGGCCGCCGAGGCGCUGCUCCCGCAGACGGCCGAUGUCGAGGCUGCCGAAGCUGCGGCGGCCGGUGCCGUCCACAGCAUGCGGUACACCCCGGUGGUGGCGGUCGACGUGAGCGGCGGGCGCAUGGGGUUGGGCUAUGCACACUCGGCCGAUGUGGCGGCAGUCGACGGAAGCCCAGCUCGCCCGCAGUACCUCGCCACGAUCGACGCCACAGGCGGGAUCGAUGUCAACGAGCUGACGGCGCUCUCGCUGCGGAUCUACACCCUCGCCGAGGCGGUGAGCUCGGGCGAGCUGGCCAGCUCUGCACCGAUGUGGAAUGAGCUCCCGCCAGUGGCGACCGCGGUGGCGCAGCUCUCGCCCCUCGCCCGAGCGCAGCUGUGCGAGGCGGUGCAGGAGCUCGACGCCGAGGCAGCGCGCAAGCUCCGCGCAGCGGCAGACGCACGCAGAGGAGUGCUUCGAGCAGGAUGGAGCAAGCCUAACUUGCGGAUGAUGCUGCAGCUGGUUGCGGCGGCGUGCGAGACGCCGCUGGAGGCCGAUGCGCGGGUGCUCGCCGACUGUUGCGCCGGGCGUGGCGUGGCCGAGGACUGGUCGCCUGAGCUGGCGAGGCAAGUGGCGUGCUUCAUCCUGGCCACGCACGCAGACCUGCCCGGGCUCGCGGCAGCAACGACAGCGGCGUGUGGGUACGACGGCGAGCUCGACGGGCUUGUGGCCAGCUCGGAGUGGGGCGUUCGCGGAGCGACGAACUCGCUGGCGGCGGUGGCGGCGAGCGUCAGGGCAGCAAGCGUCAAGGCAGUGCUCGGCGAUGAAGCCGAAGCCGCAGACGACGAUGAUGUGCUGCCACAAGCGGUUCGGAAGCUUGUGGGCGGCGGACGGCGGGCAGCGUCGCGGGUGCUGCAUGAGGAGCAGGUGGAGGCCGACGCGCGCGCGCUGUACGAGGCCGGUGAGGGCAAGACGUUGACGACGGACGUGCCUGUCUUUGUGGGUGUUUUUGUUCGAGCUUCGCCAGCACACCUCGCUGCCGUCUCCGCCGCCUACCGCAGCUUCUCGUUCUCGACGCUCAUGGCGGCGCUCCGUGACGAGAUCGACCCGCCGCUGCUGGACCUCCUCGCGGCGCUGCUGGAUCCUGUAAGCGCGUGCGCGGCGCUGGUCCGCUACGCGCUGGACACCAUCAGGAACGACGGCGGCGCGCUGUUCGCCUUCCUGGCCACCCGGGCGCCACGCCCACUCCGCACUGCACUCCGCCCGGUCUUUCUGGAGCGGUUCUACCUUCCGCUGCCGCGCGUGGUGUCUAGCGCGGUAGCCAACACGGCGCAGGCGGCGGUCGAGGCGCUGGUGGCGGCCGAGCCCGAGGUGGACGAGGCGGCUCAGGCGCUGCGCAAGCGCCUGGGCCAGCUCCAUGUGAACGAUGGCAAGGCCGUGGCGGCACUGGCGUCGCUGCCACGCUUUGUCCGGCUCGGGCUGGCUCUCGGCUACCGGCGAUCGUACGGAGUGGCGCUGGCGACGGCGCUGAAGCAGCGGCUGGGGACACGGACGGCGGCGGUGACGGCGGCGGCGCUGCUGCCACGGCCGAUAGCGGCAGCCAACGCGCUGCACCAAUUGAUCACCGAGGCCCGCGGCUCCAAGCACGCUGCCACUGCGUCGAUCCUUGUGGUCUGCACCCUCCCACACAACGACGUGCUCGCUGCGGCGCGGGCGUACCGGCGGACAUACGGCAGCGAGCUGCUGAGCGAGCUCGCGCGGUUCUUGCCCAAGCCACUGGUGGCAGGCCUCCGCGCCGUGGCCGACGCUGCCCUGCUGGACGUCUUCUCGGCGGCAAGCGCGGGCCGCUCGGACGAUCUCAUGGCGUCGGCGGCGGUGCUCCCGUUGGAGGCCGCGGUGGCCGAGGUGGAAGCGCUGAGCGCGUCCGGCAGGAGCAGCGCCGUGCUUGGUGCUGACGGCAUUCUCGUCCCGCCGCUCUACGCCAUGGUUGUCCACGCAGCCGCCAGGCGUGAGGUCGUCACCGACGCCAUCCGACCGGUCCUGCCGGCUGUCGCGUCCGUGGCGCCGCUAGUGGCGCAGCUGGUGGAGGCGCUGGUGGACCCGGUGGCGUAUGUGGGCAGCGCCGUCGUCGCCGUCGUCACGCGCAACGUGGUCAAGCGAUGGUGGAAGCGACUCGACGGCCGAAUUGGCUGA